AUGUCAAACACAUCAUCAAUGCCAUCAUCAUCUUUCAAUAAUAAUAAUAAUUACAACAUGUCAAAAUCUCAUAAUGACUCUUCUUCGCACUUUCAACAAUCUCAUUAUCAAAAUCACAAUAAUACUCAACAUGACCAUUAUAACGAAGUUGAAGAAUUUGUGACAAUCGAAAAAAAUAUUGUCACGUCACAAAAUGUUGAAGAACUUUUCGAUAAGGUUUUAAAAUUAGUAUCUCAACCAAGAAAAUUAUCAAUGUCUUCUUUAUCACCAUCAUUAUCAUCCUCCAUGGCCAACAGUCCCUUAUUCUCAUCCACAUCCACAUCUUUAUCAUCCACAUCUGCAUUAUCUUCUAUGAAAGGAAAAAAAUCAUUACCAUCGUCACCUUCUUUAUCAUUAACACCAGCAGAAAUUGGCAAUCCUUUGGCUAUGGAAAGACAAUCAUUGGAUCAAUUUCAAUAUUGUGGUCUUUUUGCUCAAUCAAAUAUAUUAUUAGGAAAUUUCAUUGCAGAGUAUAAAGGUAAAAUUUGUUUAAAAUCUGACUACACGGAUGAUCCUGCGAAUGAGUACAAAGAUAUUGGCACCACAAAGCCAUAUGUUUUAUUUUAUCCAACAUUAAAUUUAUGUAUGGAUGCUCGUCACUAUGGAACUCAUUCAAGGUUUGUUAGACGUUCAUGUAAUCCUAAUGCUGAAACACGAACAAUGUAUAUUAAUGAUGGUAUUGUCAAAGAUCGUCAAUUACAUUUGGGUAUAUUUGCUAAAUGUCAUAUAAUGCAGGAUCAAGAAAUAACAGUUGGGUGGGAUUGGGAUAAUAAUCAUUAUACAGAGUGUGCGUGUGAGAACAAAAAUAAAUGUGUGAUUGAGAAAAUGAAAAAGUAUGCAAAGAAACAAAAUGACGAUUUGACAAGAAACAAAGGUUACGUUUAUCCACAACAAAGUAAUCUUUCGUAUUAUAAGAAUGCAGGAAAUAAUUAUGAUGACAUAGGUGAAGACGAAGACGAGGAAAUGGAAGAAAUUUACACUUCAACUCCCAAUCCAAUAGGAAAAAACAAUGAUCACAACAAUUAUAACACAUCGACAUCAUCAAUAAAAAAUCCACAAUUUUAUGAAAUUGAUGGAAAUUUUCAAGAAUUUUUUGAUUUAUAUGAUAAUGGCAAUGAUGGCGAUGAUGAAUAUACGAGAUUAGGAAAUGAUAGAAAUAAAUUUAAUAAUAAGUUAGAGAUGAGAGGAAAUGUCACAAAUGAAAUGAUGCAACCGAAACAAAACAAUAAUCAUUUAUCUACUACUAUUGCAACAUCUACUGCUGCAGUCAAAAAUUCAAGUAAAUCGGAUUUUAUAUCGUCACCAAAAAAACGUAAACUAAGUUCAGCAUCAAGUGAUAUUUCAAAAGUCAGAGAUUCAAAUUUAAAUUUUGCCUCAUCUUCUACAUCUUCUAAUAUUUCUACUAUUAAAAAUAAAUAUCUCAAAGAAGAUACAGAAAUUAUAAGAGAUCAUAAUCAACAUCAACCAAAUAUAAGUAAAACAACAACCUCGUCAAUAACAUCAAAUAAUAUCCCAACAAUAACUUCAACUUCUACAAACGAUAAUAAUGUUGAUGGUAAUGAUAAUUUCCAAAAUACACAAACUGAUUCUUUUAAAUAUUCACAAAUAAAUUUACCAAGAUCAACAACAUUAUCAUCGUCAUCAAACAUUAAUCCAAUUACAAAUAUAUCAACCACAUUACCAUCACCAUUACCGUCAUCUAAGAUACCGACAUUAACUUCGCCAACUACAACAACUUCUCACUAUGACAUAAAUAAAACUUCCAAUCCGACAACGAAAGCUUCAUCACCAACAAUAUCGACACCAUUACCAUAUCAAUUGGAAACAUCAAAAACAACUAGUAACACCUCACAAUUCAAUAUUUACCCCAAUAAUAAUAAAUCUUCGACAACAACAACAAAUACAGACUUUCCUAAAAACACACAACAAUCAGAUUCUACAAAGCCACCACCAUCAGUAACUACUUCUUCUUCGCCUACCACCACUAAGCCUCAGGCAAAUGAUUCAUUGUCCAAGAGAAAAAUUUCAUUUUCAGAAUAUAAACAAAUGAAAGGUUUGAACGGUUCUCCAUUGACUUCGAAAACUGAUGAGCCAAAAAAACAUUUAUCAGAACCUCAAUCAAACAAUCUGUCAUCACCAUUACCACCAUAUACAUUACCAUCGACAACAUCACCAACCUCACUAUCAGUUACCAAUGCUAAUAUUGUCACUACCACAUCAAAACAACCAUUAUUGGUACCACAUUCUUCUUCUUACUCCUCUGCUACUGAGCAACAAAAUAAAAAUGAGUCAAUUAGUAUUAAAAAAAUGGAGUCAAAAAUUGAAGAACCACAUUCUUCUACACCAGAUAGUCAAAAAACCACACUGAUAAAUGAUGGUUAUUUCCCAGUAGAUUUCAAUUUCAAUUUUCCAAAUAUUUAUAAAUCAAGGAAUUACUCAUAUGAUUAUCAUACAUCAAAAGAUGUUGAUUCAAUAAAUCCAAAUGAAUAUGUAUCUCCUCCUUCACGUGGAUUACCACCAUCGCGUAACUUUCAAAGUGGAGGUGGAAGUAACAGUAGUGGUGGCAAUCAUUAUAGAGGGCCAAGAUCAUCAUCAGGUGGACCUUUUAGAGUUAUGCCAAUAUCACCAAGAGGUUAUUUCAAUUCACCAAGUUCAUCACCAACCACAUCAAGGCAUCCAAAUCAAACAAAUACACCACCACCGCCACCUUCUUCUUCCUCCUCAAUACUGAUGUCACCAUCAGGAGGAUGGGGAAUGCAUGAUCGUAGAGAAUGGAGAGAUCGUGAUAGAGAACGCGAAGAAAGAAAAGAAUGGGGCAAAAGAAAUGAAGAUUAUCGAUUUCAAAGGUUUCCCGGUGAUAUGUAUAGAAGCGAUGAUAAUGAUAAAAAAAAAUCUUCUGUGGAAAAACUUGCUAAUAAAAUGGGAAAGGUACCUUCGGAUCUCCCGGCUUACCUACAAAACGAAAAUACCGCUAAAUUGAUUCUUCAAGCAACGAAGCAAAUGGGUAUUGAUGACCCCGCCCUGCUUAUUCGAUUUGAUAAUAAUGGGUUCAAUGAUACUGCUGUGUUGAAUUGUCGUAACGGUGUUCCCGGACAAACACAAGGUGCUCUUAUCGCCUACAUUGUAGGAAGUGGUGGUGUAAAUUUUAGAGGUCUGAAUAAAUUGUUCUUGUUUAGGAGUUGUUUAGCAAUUAGCCGGUGUCAGUAUGGAUUUCCUCCAUGGGCUCAUCAUCAACCGGGGGUUGCAGAUGUUUGUAUUUCGAUCUGUAGAAUAAGCAAGUUAUCAGCUAAUGGUGGAAUCGACUAUGAACUAUUUGACUAUCCUUUAAAGUUUAAGUAG